AUGCUCAGCACCGUUUUCUCUCCAUGUCUGUUGUUUAGCAGAUGCUACUCACGCACUCCUGGUCCGUCUAUGAGGCGAAAAUCAGAGGACGAGGACCCAAACAGGAUCAGCAAAAAGCCCAGAACGAGAGUCAGUUAUUCGUGCGGUGAAUGUCAUCGUCGCAAACAAAAGUGUGAUCGACAAAUACCAUGCUCCCAUUGUAUUGCCAGGAAGGUUCCGGAACUGUGCAAAGCAUAUACUCCAGGCAAGACCGACCAAGAUAUUCAUGUGCGAUUAGCUAGGCUAGAGCAUAUCAUUGAAGUCGCUUUGCCUCAAUAUUCGUCACAUGGCAACACUCCAUAUUCAGAUGGACAUGCAGGAAGCGAACGUCGUCGAUCAUCCUCUCUCGGUCCGGAUGAAGGAAAUGGUUCACAGCCUGAAGAAGAAGACCCAAGCGGUGGAAUGCUCGAGAAUGGGAGGUGGUACGGCAAGAGCGCUUCAGGAAGUGUUGCUGCACCAGUGGUCCUAGAGCAGUUACAGCACAUGGUGGUUCCUGGGUCGGCUUCCGAACACAUGUCCUCAGGUAGCUCACUAUCUGUGAAUACGCUUCAUACCGACCUUCUAGCUGAGCCAAAGCUAUUAACUACUACCCCGGAGCCAUCAGCUGCGGACAAGCUCAAGCUCCUCAUUCGCGAUUAUGGCUUUGCUCCUCAUAAGGUCACUGAACUCAUCAGUGAACUUCCGCCCAGGAGUCUAUCUCACAAACUAGUCGAUUAUUACUUUUCUGCGAUUAACUGGACCCGCUACCCCAUUUCUGAACGCGAUUUCCGCGCUUCAUACACUUGCAUCUACACGGAGGGAACUACGAUAAAUCCCAACAACAUCCGAUUUCUCCCUCUACUAUUCGUAGUUCUUGCAAUUGCCAUCAGGCUUGCUCCUGACGGUAUAGCGGGCGAUGAAAGUUCACGAAAAUCAACAUCUUCACGGUUCUACUGGUCCUCACGUCGAUCACUCCUCAUCGUUGCUGCUAUUCAACCAGAUUGCUUCGAGAUGGUUUUGACUCGUAUGUUAAGUGCUCGCUUCCUCACCCUCGACCGUCGGAUGACUGAGUCCUGGAGCCAGCUGGGCGCUGCUGUGAGGACUGCACAAGCUCUAGGUCUCCAUCGAGAUGGUGCGGCUAUGGGCAUGGAUCUCGUACAAGUGGAGAAACGUCGCCGAAUAUGGGCUCACUUAUAUCAUGCCGACCGGUCUAUCGCUCUCGUUCUGGGAAGACCAAUCGCAAUCCAGGACGAGUACACCUCCACAUUGCCUCCUACGAACGUGGAAGACAUUUUCGCCGAACUCCGUAAUCCGCUUCCUCUCACCACCCCGACACAUGCAACUUUCAUGAUUCUCAGGAAUUCCCUAGCUGGUAUCAUGGGUCGCAUGUCACACCACUUCCAGAAGGUGCGAUCUGCAAGUCACUACUCGGAUGUGCUCGCCCUGGACGACGAACUGUUGAGGUUCAUGCAGACUCUCCCCCCUCAUUUUGCCGUCGAUCCGGACACCUCACUUGAUCAAUCGCACCCAUACAUUCCUGUACAUCGGUUUCUCCUUGUCACUGAGAUACUCUUCGUGAGACUCACGUUAAAUCGUCCCUAUCUCCUGCGGCGCUUAGAUUCCGACCGGUACAUCCGUUCAAGAAAGGCCUGCUUCGAAUCCGCACUAAAAGAUUAUCAGAUCCGUCGAGCGUUUCAGGAAUCCACCACGAAGCAGGCCCGGGAUCCAAUCGCUAGCGCAUACCGAGAAUUCCAGGCUGCCAUGAUUUCUGGGAUCUAUCUUGUCUUGUACCCAACAGGGAGUGACGCUGCCGCUAUGCAUGCGGUUUUGGAUACUUUCAUCGAAGCGCACGAGCGUAUCCCUGAGCAUGACGAAAUCACGCGCAGAGAGGUCAAGAUAAUUCGCUUCCUGAAAAGCAGAUCUUCACAGAUGGCGGGUAACGCAGAUGACUCCAGAGAACACAUCAUGACGGUUGACUCCCCGUUGAUGUCGGGCAAGCAUGAAGUAGAAGCUCAUCCGCUGCUCGGUCACCCUUCGAGAACUGUAGGCGUCACCUCGAACUUCAUGCCAACUCCAACAUACAACGGUGAAUCGUCGACAUCCGCCAUACGAUCGUCUACAUUGGCACGCUCGCACAACCCCAAUUAUGCGCAUCUGAGUCAUGUGCAGCAGCUGCAACACGAGGAAAAUGCGCAUUCUGCGAGUGGCAGCCCUAGUGGAGACGACGAUUCCACUGCGCAGUCUCUAUUGGACCAGUGGUGCAAUGUAUUCAGCGGUGGACCCGCCGUUGACGAUUCCAUGGGCACCGCCGGUCUUCCAUGGGGAACGCCUGGACUGGCUGAUCUUUCUGGUUGGCUGGGCUCAGCCGCUUCGCCUCUUCUGGGAAAUGAACCUCUGCCUGGGGUAGAUGGUUCGGAUUGGAGUUACUGGGAAACGCUGGUGAAUCAGAUACGUAGCAGCCCUGUGAUUUAG